CAAAGCCACGUUAGCCGAGAGCUCCUCUGCUCCUCUCGUGUCUGGCCGAACAGGCAGAGCGACCAGUCUCCAGAGCGCUCCCCAUGGCGUCAGGAGCUGCGGCGGCCCCUGUCGUUCAGACUGUGGUGCUGAAGGUUGCCAUCCACUGCCAUGGCUGCAAGAAGAAGGUCCGGAAGGUGCUCAGGGGCAUCGAAGGCGUGCAGGACGUGACGGUGGACGCCUCGCAGCACAAGGUGACUGUGACGGGCACCGUGGACGCCGACACGCUCAUCAAGAGGCUGUACAAGUCCGGCAAGAAGGGAGUGCCCUGGCAGUGUCACCCGCCCGCCAAGAACAGCGAGCCCGCGCCGGAGGCCCCGCCGGCUCCGCAGCCUGCCGGCGACGGCGGCAAGGAUGCUGCUGCUGCUGCUGCUGUGGCCGCGGCGGACAAGAAGUCGGAGGAGGCGGUGAAGGAGCCGCAGGGCGAGAGCUCCGAGGAGGAGAAGAAGAAGCCGGAGCAGGAGGACGGGGCCGCAGAGAAGAAGCAGCCCGAAGCAGAGUCGUCAAAGGAGGUGGAGAAAGUGGAGGCGAAGACGGACGGCGGUGACAGCGAGGGAGCUGAGACGAAGCAGGCCAAGGGCGCAGCAGAGCCGGCAAAGGAAGCCCCUGCCGCUGCCGGCGCUGCCAAUGACGAGGACGAGGCAAAGAAGAGCGACAAGGCCAAGGACGCCGGCACGGCGGAGCCUGCCGCCGUGACGACGGAGAGGUCCCUUCCUUUGGCGCCGGCGCCAAAGCACGCGUACGAGCAUGAGUACCGGCCGCCCUACUACGUCGCGCCCGCGCAGCCGGUGCUGAGCUACCACGCGGCGCAGCGCAGCUCGAGCGUGUCGCACUUCGCGCCGCAGGCGCAGCCGGCGUACUCCACGCAACAGGCGCACCCGCAUCAAGCGUACUACUCCGCGCAGCCGCAGCCGGGGAAGCAGUGGUCGCCGUCGUACCUGUACAUGCCGUACCCGCACGCCGCGGCGCCGGAGCCUUACUACCAGCAGGACUACUACGGCCCGCCCGGGAUGCACGCGUCGCCUAUGCACGACUCGUCGUACCGCAUCUUCGACGACGAGAACCCCAACUCCUGCAGCGUCAUGUGAGAGGAGAGCGGAUCGGCGCGGCCCGGGCCGCCGUGGCCAGCAGCAGCAGCAGCAGCAGGUAGUUGGGGGGAGGCGGCGCCGCUAGCUACCGCAAUAGAGAACCCUCUCUCUCUCUGUGGUUGUAAGUAGAGUAGCCUGUUGCUGGCCUCUUCCACUUAGUAUAGAGGUCAAACCUCUCUCCAUGCACGACAGAGCUUUUUCUUCGUUUCCUUUUAAUAUCUUUUUUACUGUUUCUAAUGAUAAUGAGAUACGCACGCGCGUUUACCUGUA